AUGGCCAAGUAUCUUGCACAAAUCAUUGUGGCCGGAGCCCAGAUCGUGGGACGGGCGUUUACGGCUGCUUUACGCCAGGAAUUGAGGACUAGUCAACAAAAUGCGCAGAGAUCUGGCGGCGGACGAAGAGGGACCCGUCGGGCGGCCGACGACAAUGUGACGGGGAUCACUUUGGCCGAGGCCAAGAGUAUCCUCAAUGUCACGGAUUUAGAUGACCCGGAGAAGGUAAACAAGAGCUUCAAACACUUGUUCGAUGUGAACGACAAGCAGAAGGGUGGUUCUUUCUACAUCCAGUCGAAAGUUUACCGAGCCAAGGAAAGAAUCGACUUGGAAACCCAGAAGGACACAAAACAAGUGAAAGAUCCGCCUUCGGAAUCUUGA